AUGCUGGUGGCGGGUCACAGCGAUGGGACGGUGACAGUGUACGACGCGAGACACGACGCGUCUACCGGGCGGCUCUCCUCCUCCACCACCUCCGGCAAGCACCUCCUGCCUGUCAUGCAGGUUGGCUCCACCAGUGAUAUACUCAUAGAUUCUAAUACGUCCUUCAUAUCGGUGCUAAUUGCAGCUAAAGAUAUGUGCUCUAGUUCCAAAUUUCUUGUAAAUGUAAUCAUUACAAAACAAAGUUACAUCCAAUUCACACCACCUCAGGUGCAUUGGGUCACGACAGAGCCCGGAGAGAACAUGAGCUUUUACUCAGUGUCUCAAGAUGGUCGAGUGUCUCAGUGGUUUGUUCGCACUACUUCCCUUAAGUACGAAGACGUCUUGAAUUUCCAUGCAGCGGAGCAGACACAGGAUCAUGUAGCUCCCUCAAGUAAAACAGAGUUAGAGGACAAUGUUCCCUCAGGUACUGCUACGUGCAUAGCCCUAAGCCCUGAGCGCAAGGACGUGCUGCUCUUCGGUGUCGACACAGGCGCCUUGUUCCAGAUAUGUACAUCCGACACCGCCCACGCUAUCACACGCUAUCGUGCCCAUCUUGGUCCAGUCACAGCCGUCGCGUGGAACAAAGUCCACACGAUGGUCUUUGCCAGUUGUGCCUUAGACUGGACAGUCAAGAUUUGGCUACAGUACCAUCUAUCGGCUCUGAUAACGCUUGACCUUGGCGGCCCUGUUAUGGAGCUAGCCUGGUCCCCCUCGAGCAGCACUUUGGUGGUGGCAGUUACUGAUGAAGGCAGGGUGUUCGUGUACGACUUGUUCCUUCGGAGAUAUCACCCGCUCUGCGUGCAGAACCUUCUCCAGAGACGACGAUCGAGCCUGACCUGCGUGGCGCUCAACCCUUCUCAGCCAAUCGUAUUGGUUGGCGGGGAGAAUUUGAGAAUAGCUGUACAGAAGCUCGAAAAUUUCAGUGAGGAAGAAUUGAGAAUAUUUCCAUCAAUUUUCUGA